AUGCACAUUGAUGUACUUAACUUAACCCCUCAUGGCAAAGAGUAAAGUGGGAAAGAAAGAAAAAGAAAUGGGAAACCAUUCCUCCUGGCACCUCAGCCCCUGUACAAUGAUCACGUGGAACAUGAAAUUCAGACUGAAAAUCAGGAAAUAAUGGUGAUCAAGACAAUUAUGUAUAGAAUUAAAUAUUAAUCUUCAACUUACCCUUUGAAAAAUCUCUCUCUAUAUAUAUAGUAAUUCCCAUUUUCUCAAUAAUCUAACAGAGGCUAAUUAAGCUUCAGCUGCCUUCUGUUCUUUCAACUUUCAGCAAGUUCAAUAUCUAUGGAUGUCCAUAUUUUGUUGCUUGUUUUGUCCCUGAUUAUUCUCAUAUCAUCACCCCAUUUUUCCUCUUCUUUAGUAUCUAAUUCUUCCUUGAAGAAAGGCUCAUCUCUCUCCGUGGAGGAUAUAUUGGUUUCACCAAGUGGAGUUUUCUCCGCUGGAUUUUUAAGAGCUGGUGAUAAUGCGUACUACUUUUCUAUAUGGUUUAGCAAACCAUCUUGCACUACUGCCGACGAUUGCACAAUUGUUUGGAUGGGUAAUCGUGAUUUCCCAGUUAAUGGGAAAAGAUCAAAGCUUUGGCUCCUAGAAACUGGAAAUCUUGUCUUAAUUGAUGGUGGUGAUAAGUCCAUUGCUUGGUAUACAAACGCCGUUUCAAGAAGUGCCCCAUCGGAGGUAAUUCUGUAUGACAGUGGCAAUCUUGUUUUGCAAAAUAUGGAAGGUGCUAUUCUUUGGCAAAGCUUUGAUUUCCCUACUGAUACUCUUCUUCCUCUGCAAAAUUUUACCAAAAACAUGCAGCUCGUCUCAUCAAGAUCUAAAACAAAUUUUUCUUCUGGUUUUUACAAGCUUUUCUUUAACAACGACAACUUACUUCGUCUUUUAUAUGAUGGCGUACAAGACACAAGCAUUUAUUGGCCAAUUCCAUGGCUUGUUAGCUGGGCAAUAAAAGGAAGGUUCGCAUAUAACAGUAGGAGAUUUGCUUUUCUUGAUUCUUCAGGCAAGUUUACUUCAUCUGAUAAUUUUUCUUUUCUUUCAACGGAAUACGGAGAAACUGGAUUUCAAAGAAGAUUGACUAUUGAUUUUGAUGGUAAUCUUCGAUUGUACAGUCGAAAAGAAAAUAGCAACUCCUGGGUUGUUGCAUGGCAAGCCUUGACGCGACCUUGCGAAGUUCAUGGAAUUUGUGGAGCAAAUAGUAUGUGCAAAUAUGACCCAUUUUCUGGUAGAAAAUGUUCUUGUCUUCCAGGUUAUAAGGUAAAGAAUUCUGCAGAUUGGUCAAGUGGUUGUGAACCAGAAGUUCCAGAAAUCAAGAAUCUGUCAUGUCAGAGUAUUCCAGAAUCCAGAAAUCAAGUUGGUUUUAUUAAGCUUACCCAUGUAGAGUUUUAUGGAUAUGACUAUGCCAUCAAUCCUGGUUACACAUUUCGAAUGUGUAAGCAAUUAUGUUUGAGUUUGUGCGAAUGCAAGGGUUUUGAGUACAAAUACGUUGGUAAUGGUUUGUGGAAUUUGUUUUCUGCUGUAAACAACAUAAGACCAACCACUUGGCCUACAAUGUGUUAUAUUAAGAUGGCAUUGUUAAAUGGGCAACGCUCACCCAGCUUUGAUGGGGAUUUUUAUUUAAAAGUUCCUAAAAAUAAUCUCUUCUCUAAGAAAGAGGAAGUUUUAGGAUUUGGGUUAAAUUGCUCAAGUGAAAUUGUAAGGCCAAUAGAUAGAAUAUACACAAAAAGCAAUCAGAACGAGAAAUUGCAUUUGCUUCUUCGGUUUGCCACUAUUUUAGGAGUAGUUGAGAUUAUUGGGAUCCUUCUUGUUUGGUGUUUCUUGAAUAGUUCUUUCCAUCAUCAACACUCAAAUAAUGAAUCUACUGCUCAAGGCUAUCAGACAAUAACUGGAUUCAAAAGAUUCACUUAUUCUGAGCUGAAAAAAGCAACAGCAAAUUUCAAAAUGGAAAUUGGAAGAGGAGCAGGAGGAAUUGUAUACGAAGGAACACUAUCAGAAAAUCGGGUUGCAGCAAUUAAAAGACUUAAUUUUGCUGGUGAUCGAGGAGAAGCUGAAUUUUUAGCAGAAGUAAGCGCUAUUGGGAAACUUAAUCACAAGAACUUAAUAGAAAUGUGGGGGUAUUGUGCAGAAAAAAAGCACAGACUUUUAGUUUACAAGUACAUGAAACAUGGGUCCUUAUCAGAAAAUCUUUCCUCUAAAGCUCUUGAUUGGCAAAAGAGAUUCCAAAUUGCCAUAGGCACAGCAAGAGCACUUGCUUAUCUCCAUGAAGAGUGCUUGGAAUGGGUUUUACAUUGUGAUGUGAAGCCUGAAAACAUAUUAUUAGACUCUAAAUACCAGCCAAAGGUGUCAGAUUUUGGAUUAUCAAAGCUACUAAAUAGAGAAGAUAACAAUCCAAGCUUCUCAAGAAUGAGAGGAACUAGAGGUUACAUGGCUCCUGAAUGGGUUUUGAAACUACCCAUUACUUCAAAAGUUGAUGUUUACAGCUAUGGCAUUGUUGUUUUGGAGAUGGUGACAGGGAAGAGUCCAACAAUGGAAGAAAAGACAGGAUUGGCGACAUGGGUAAGAGAGAAGAAAAAUGGAGGCGAGUCAUGGAUUGAAGAGAUUUUAGACGCAAAAUUGGUAGGAGAAUAUGAUAGAGACGAGGUGGAAAUUGUUGUGACAUUGGCUCUGCAAUGUGUGGAAGAAGACAAAGAUUCAAGACCCGCCAUGAGCAAAGUCGUUGAGACUCUUCUGCACAACUGUCAACACUAUCUCUAGCUUGGCUAGUCAUGGAGAGGAACCUAACUAAACUUUGGCCUUAUCUCAGGAUUUUUCUCUUUUUAAUUUUCUGGCCUCGUAGAAUUCUGUUUGAUUUGUGUAAAUUAAUGGAUGAUUUUCUUUUAAUUCCUUUUUUUUUUUUUUUGAAAGAUUUUAGUAAUUUAAUGAGAUAUGCCAAAGUUGAAAAAAAUUAUAAAUUAUUUCUAAAAAAAAGAAAAAAAUUACAAAUUUAUUUCUUAAUUUUCUUAACCUGUAGCCAAUCCUGUUUACACAUUAAUUUUUUUUAAAAUGGACCGUACGGUACAAGACUACAAGUCACGACAAGUACAAAAACAGCAGCGUUUAAUUACUGUUUUACAAACCCUCAUCAUCGCUCUUGAGAAUCCUCCUAACAUAAAAUUUUAACGCUUGACGCUUCUGUUAAACACUGAUGGCGUCGCAAUCGAGAAAGGGCGGAGUAUCGCUGCCGGCGAAGCGAGCGUCCAAGUCGCAAGCAGAGCCCACUAUCCUCGCCAAGUUCACCAACUCCGAAAUCGUCGCGAAAGGCAAGCAAGUUGCCAGCGACACCGUUUUCGUCACCAAGAAACUCCUUCAGAGCACCGGAAAAGCCGCUUGGAUUGCUGGAACCACCUUCUUAAUCCUGGUGGUGCCUCUUAUUAUCGAGAUGGAUCGCGAGCAGCAAUUGACUGAACUCGAGAUCCAGCAACAAAGCCUCCUUGGAGCCCCGCCCGUUGGCCUGCCCCAAAAGUAAAACAAUAGUGAAUUGGGUCAGGUUAGAGAUACUCUUAUUGUUAUGUGAUUUGUAGUAUCUAUUUUUAAGGAUUGAGAUUUUUGAGCUACAUUAAUCCAUUGUUGUUUGGUCCCUUUUAGUUUUGUAGGUUUUGCUUUCAAUGCGCAACGUAAAAUGGAUUUUUGCGAUUUACAACAUGUUUGUGAGAUUUUUUGCUGUUA